AUGGCUGUUAACAUCCCAGGAGUGAUAGCGAUGGUGUUUUUCUACCUGCUGGUCCUUGGGACCGGCAUCUGGGCUUCUUUCAAGUCCAAAAGGGAACAGAAGAAAAGUACAGCCACUGGAACGGAGAUGGCCCUGCUGGGAAACCGGAACAUUGGCUUGGUGGUGGGGAUCUUCACAAUGACAGCUACAUUUGUUGGAGGAGGCUUCAUUGUUGGCACAGCUGAGAUGGUGUACACGCCUUCUAUGGGACUCACCUGGGUAUUGGUGAUGUUAAUGGCAUACAGCUCAUCUUUUAUUAUUGGUGGCUUGGUGUUUGCAAAGCCAAUGAGAGAAAGAAGGUAUGUGACGAUGCUGGACCCUUUCCACGCCAAGUAUGGAAAAGCACUUGGGGGUGUGGGAUAUCAGGACUUCCACCAGAGGACUUUGUCGGCGUCUUCAACAUCCACAGCCAGGAUCACUUGCUUUAUCGCUGCUGUCAUCUUCCCUGUAUUUGGGAUACCUUCUAUACUGCUUGGGGCAGUCGCUGCAUCCACAGACUGGAACCUGACUUCCUAUGGUUCUCCAUCUCCAUAUGAACGAGGGGAAUCAGCUCUAGUUCUGCCCCUGACCCUGCAGCACCUCACCCCGUCCUUCAUCUCCAUCAUCGGUAUUGGAUGUGUGGCUGCUGCCGCGAUGUCAUCGGCUGACUCUGCUUUGCUUUCUGCAGCUUCUCUCUUCACCUCCAACAUAUACAAGAACAUCCUGAGGCCUCAGGCUUCAGACAGAGAGACUCUGUGGGUGAUCCGUGCUUCUGUCUUGGUAGUGGGCUUAAUUUCUACAUCACUGACCAACCUGGAAAACAGCGUCUUACUGUUCUGGUUCAUUAGUGCUGAAGUGGGCUAUGUCAUAAUCUUCCCUCAACUCGUCUGCGUCCUCUUCUUCAACAUCUCCAACGGUUACGGGGCUGUUAUGGGCUUCUUGGUGGGAACUGUGUUAAGACUGCUCAGUGGAGACCCAUUACUAGCGUUAACACCAGUCAUUCACUUCCCAGGAUGCACUCUUGAGGACGGUGUUUAUGUCCAGUACUCUCCGGUUAAGACCAUCUCCAUGCUGUCUGCCAUUGCUGCCAUCUUGUUUUUCUCCUACCUUGGUUCUGUGCUCUUCAACAAAGGCCUGCUUCCUGAGAAGUGGGAUGUGUUCAAAGUGAAAGUCCAGCACUCACCACAACCACUGACAGCAACAUAUGUUGCAACAGAAUACACAUGAUUAUGAGAAUUUGAGCAGAACACAGUCAGAUUUUGAAAGUGUUCCUGUGUGUAGCAGUAUCAGUUUUCUUUAAGCAUAAUAUAGACUAGUAAAUACCAUAGACUGUAAAAAAAGAUGGACGACGCAUCUCCACUUCCUCCCAUUGUACAAAAGUAAAGCCACAAUAUCCAGGAUACAGGUGCUGCCAUCUU